ACAAGCUGCGACGCCAGUGCUCACCGCCCAUAGUCGCCGCCACAGCGGGCUUUAGGUAGUUUCAGAGACGGCGGGCUUUCGUCCGAUGGUUGCAGCAGGGGGAUCAUGACGGGGAAAAAGUCUUCCCGGGAGAAGCGGCGCAAACGAAGCGGUCAGGACGCGGCCGCGGCGCUCCCGGCGCCGGACUUGGUGCCCGCCCUGGCCAGUAGCGGCAGUGGAAGCACCAGCGGCUGUGGGAGUACCAGCGGCUGCGGGAGCGUCACCUGCUGUGGGAACACCAGCUUCAGUGGAAGUGUCACUGGCGGUGGGAGUGGAGGUAGCUGCUGGGGCGGGAGCAGCGUGGAGCGCAGCGAGCGCCGGAAGCGGAGGAGCACCGACUCAUCCUCCAGCGUCUCCGGGUCACUGCAGCAGGAUACCAAAUACCUUUUGCCAACUUUGGAAAAAGAAUUAUUCUUGGCAGAGCACAGUGACCUUGAAGAAGGUGGACUGGACUUGACUGUGUCAUUAAAGCCAGUUAGUUUCUAUAUAUCAGACAAAAAAGAAAUGCUUCAGCAGUGUUUCUGUAUCAUAGGUGAGAAAAAGUUACAGAAGAUGCUUCCUGAUGUGUUAAAGAACUGUUCAAUAGAAGAAAUUAAAAAACUCUGCCAAGAACAGUUAGAGCUCCUAUCUGAAAAAAAAAUCUUGAAGAUUCUUGAGGGUGACAAUGGUAUGGACUCUGAUAUGGAAGAGGAAGCAGAUGAUGGCGCUAAGAUGGGAUCCGAUUUAAUCAGUCAGGUGACAGAUGGGAUUGUCACUUUGGUUCACCUUAGACAAGACAUCUGUGUAGAUACUACUUCAGCUGUGAGAGAGAACAAGCAACCUGAAGGUUUAGAAUUAAAACAAGGCAAAGGGGAAGAUAGUGAUGUACUCAGUAUAAAUGCAGAUGCUUAUGACAGCGACAUAGAAGGCCCAUGCAACGAAGAAGCUGCUGCUCCUGAGGUCCCAGAAAAUACAGUCCAAAGUGAAGCUGGUCAGAUAGAUGACCUGGAGAAAGACAUUGAGAAAAGUGUGAAUGAGAUUCUGGGACUAGCAGAGUCUAGCCCAAAAGAACCCAAAGCAGCCACCGUGACUGUUCCUCCACCAGAAGAUGUUCAGCCUUCUGCACAGCAGCUGGAGCUGCUAGAACUUGAGAUGAGGGCAAGAGCUAUUAAAGCCCUAAUGAAAGCUGGUGACAUAAAAAAGCCAGCCUAGUUAUUUGACUUGAGUCUGAGUUCUAGGUGUGUUUGAGCAAAGACACAUCGUAUAAUUUUGUAUAUGACAUUUAUUUUGAGUCUUAUGUGAUAUUUCUCAUGUAAUCCUUAUUAGAUAAACUCAUCUUAGGCCUGACAUACCUGUGGUAUUUUUGGUUGUUGUUACUUUUAUGUAUGUGUUACUGCUUUAUGAAUUCAUGGCAAAUAUCUUUGGAUAACCUGGAUACUUUGUUAGAUGAGCAUUUAGCUGUGUCUGCAAAUUAAUACCUGAAAACCCAUUAGCGAAGAGUCACUGUAUUUUUUCCUUCAUUUUUAAGUGUUUUGGCAUCACACCUAAAAUCUUAAGAAAGAUUGACCAAGCAUGUUCCUCUUAAGGCUACCUAUAUUUUGUGGUAGAAUAUUAAAUUAUUGCUUCUAGAUUUGUCAACAAUUUAAGAAAUUUAAUCAUGCUUAUAUGCACUUUUAAAAUAAGUCUGUCUUGAAGACACCUUCUGUGGGUAUGGAUUUACUGGUAAAGUUGGAUUAACAUUUAUUGUUGUAAGGCUUAGAGGUCUGAUAUGGCUGAGAAAAAUGUUUUUUAUAAAAGAAAAAAAAAGGACUUAAUUUAAGGUCGUUUUUAAAAAAGUAGAAGUAAUUGCCCAACUUUAAUUCCAGCAGACAAACCAUUCUAACAGGUAUUUGAUAUUAUUGGACACUUUGUUCAAGUUUUUUUCUUCAGUACAAAGGGAACAUAUUUUCUUUUACAUUCCAAGCUAUUAGGAAAAGAAUAUUUUAUUGUACAGGCUUUUAUCUCAUGUUUUUGCUUGAAGAUUUGAUGUGCUAUAAUUCCAUGAAUUAAAAAUAAUAAAGACUAUCAUUCUGGAUCUGAAGACUUUUGAUACAUUUCCAAAAGCAAAAUUAAUUUCGGAAAGCUUUGAUAAGUCAAUGUUAUAAUUAAUCUAAUUUUGUAUAGUUUUUGUAAAUAAAUUAACAUCCACGCAAUAA